AUGGCCUCCUCGCGCGAUGCCCCAAACCCCCUCAGACCGUACUACAUCCCGCCUUCCAUUGGCCCGCCUCCAGAGGUUCCGCAGAACCAGACCGUCUCGUCACCACUCCCGCCCGCUUUCAAGCCUGCCCCCAGCAAUAAAUCGAGUCUGGGCAGCCAGGCACGCGACAUUCUCUCAGAUCUCGACUAUGACGCGUACUUUCCAGAGACAUCGCCCACAAUAGCCGGCCAUGCAAAGAAGCUGCUGGAUCAUGCGCUGUGGAACUACACAAGCGUGCUGCUUGCCCAGCCAUUCGAGGUAGCGAAGACGAUACUGCAAAUCCACGAGGCCAAGGGACAGCUUUCCGCGCUCAAGGAUGCUAGUGAGUGGGGCCACAAGAGAGGGCCAGGGAGCUUUGCCAGUGGAAAGUUUGAGGAUUUCCCGCCUUCAGACGAAGAGUCUGACGAGGACUCUCCGGGAUACUUCACCACAACAGCACCGCGCGUGAACCCCACUUCGCCAUACUCGCCCAACGACUCGCCAUCGAGGUCCCCGCGGAGGCGCCAUCGACGACUCGAUAGUCGAUCCCCCUCGCGGACACCAACUCAACCCCCACCAUCGUCACUCAGGAAACUAGAACUCAAGCGGGCAGACUCUCUUCUCGAAGUAAUAGGGCAAUUAUGGCAGAAAGAGUCAGCUUGGGGAGUGUGGAAAGGCACAAACUGCACCUUCAUCUACAACUUCCUGCUCAAGACGACUGAGGGCUGGUUUAGAAGUCUGAUCUCAGCCCUGCUGAACAUACCCGACCCCGGGCUUGUGGGGGCAGCAGGAAGCGGCAUUGGGGGUCUCGAUGUGCUCGACAGUCCCAACCCAUUGACAUCCCUCGGUGUCGCUGUUGCUGCAACAGCCAUUGCCGCUACCCUCCUCGCACCCCUCGAUCUAGUGCGAACACGCCUGAUCAUCACACCCAUCUCAUCCUCCCCACGCUCCAUAUACCCAUGUCUCUCCCUCCUCCCUUCUCUCUCCGUCUCCCCCACCCUCCUCCCCGCAACCAUAAUGCACGCCUGCGUGCCCACACUUGUCUCCUCAUCCACCCCUCUCUUCCUCCGCUCAACACUAAGCAUCGACCCCAUCCUCACCCCCGCCACCUACUCCUUCAGCACCUUCCUCUCCUCUACCGCUGAACUCUUCAUCCGUCUCCCCCUCGAGACAGUUCUCCGCCGCGGCCAGGUCGCCGUCCUGCAAGAACACGAAGCACAGCGUGUCGCACAAGAAUAUCAGGCCCCACCCAGUCGCUCAAAGAGCCCAGCUUACGGUCUGGACAGGCCGAGUAACGACAACGGAUUCGAUACAAUCGUUGAUCCUGGUCAGUACAGGGGUGUCCUGGGUACCCUAUGGUUCAUUGUUCGUGAGGAAGGCAUCUCAGUCUCAGGUCCCAGCGCGGCUAAAGCAGCAAGCGCAAAGGCAAUGGGAUUCUCCCGACCACCGCGUACAAGGAAGGGUCAGGGUGUGCAUGGUCUCUGGAGAGGCUGGAGAGUCGGUGUCUGGGGCUUGGUCGGUAUUUGGGGUGCUGCUGCUUUGGGUGGAGGUGGAGGCGAGUUUUAA